AUGGUUGAUACUCCUCCACGGAUGAGAGAUGGUCAAGAGACUACCAACUCUGAUGACAAUGUGGGACAAGCAUCUGUUAGAUCCAAUAGCUCUCAUAGAUCUAAUGCUGAUAGAGCAAGGCUCCAACAUGUUGAGCAGGUGGUUGACAACUUGAGCCACAAAGUUCACUACUUUCUUGCCAGCCAGGAAUAA